AUGUUGUUUCGGUGGUGCCCCUUAGUGGCUCUCGCCAUCUCUUCCGGCAUAGCUGCCGCAGAGGAGAGCUGGAACUCGCCGCCGUACUAUCCGUCACCGUGGACUCAAGGAGAGGGAGUGUGGGAAGAUGCUUAUCAAAAGGCUGUUGCCUUUGUCUCCCAGCUCACGUUGGCUGAGAAAGUUAACUUGACGACUGGCGUUGGAUGGAUGCAAGAGUCCUGCGUUGGUCAAGUUGGCUCAAUUCCUCGUCUCGGUUUCCGUUCCCUGUGUCUACAGGAUGGUCCCCUUGGUAUUAGAUUCGGUGACUAUGUUACUGCGUUCCCAGCCGGAAUCAAUGUUGCUGCCACAUGGAGCAAAGAGCUAGCCUAUCUCCGAGGAAAAGCUAUGGGAGAGGAAUUCCGUGAUAAGGGUGCAGAUAUAAUACUUGGACCAGCAAUUGGCCCAAUAGGGCGGGCACCAGAGGGAGGCCGCAACUGGGAAGGUCUUGGGCCUGACCCCGUCCUUGCAGGUCAGCUCGUCGCGGAAACUAUCAAGGGUAUGCAGAAGCAAGGUGUGAUUGCAUGCGCAAAGCACUUUAUUGCCAAUGAGCAAGAACGGUUCCGGAUUGCUGCCGAAGCUCAGGGAUAUGGGUUUGAUAUUUCGGAGAGUUUAAGCUCUAACGUCGAUGACGUGACAAUGCAUGAGAUUUACCUAUGGCCUUUUGCUGAUGCUGUCAAAGCUGGAGUGGGUUCAAUAAUGUGCUCCUACAACCAAAUCAACAACAGCUAUGGCUGUGGAAAUAGUUACACGCAGAACAAGCUACUCAAGGGUGAACUUGGAUUCCGUGGCUUCAUCUUGUCUGACUGGCAAGCACACCACAGCGGUGUUGGUUCCGCCUUCGCUGGAUUGGACAUGUCUAUGCCCGGUGACACUUUGUUUGGCACAGGUGUUUCCUUCUGGGGUGCUAAUCUCACGAUUGCCGUUGCCAACGGGACCAUUCCCGAAUGGAGAGUCGAUGACAUGGCCGUCCGUAUCAUGGCUGCCUACUACAAAGUUGGCCGUGAUAAAGUCCAAGUUCCCAUCAACUUUAACUCAUGGACCACCAAUGUCGAGGGCUACCAGCAUGCACUCGUACAGGAAGGAUAUGGAGUAGUCAACGAGAGAGUGAAUGUACGUGAUCAUCAUGCGCAUAUUGCCCGUCGUGUGGCCAGGGAUAGCACCGUUCUUCUAAAGAACGAAGGCGUCCUCCCCCUCACUGGAAAAGAGCAGUUUACAGCUAUCAUCGGAGAGGGCGCUGGCCCUAAUCUCAACGGUCCAAACAGCUGCCCUGACCGCGGCUGUGACAACGGAACCCUUGCCAUGGGAUGGGGCAGUGGAACGACAAACUUCCCUUAUCUCGUGACUCCGGACGACGCUAUUCAACGUGAAAUCGUUUCCAAGGGUGUUGGAAACGUCAUGUCUGUUCUCCAGAACGGUGACUUUAAAAACAUUCAAUCAGUUGCUGGUCAGGCAGACGUUUCUUUGGUUUUCAUUAACUCGAAUUCUGGUGAGGGGUAUAUUUCCGUUGAUGGCAACGAAGGUGACCGAAAGAACCUGACUGCCUGGAAGGGAGGUGAAGAGAUGGUCAAGCAGGUGACUUCUGUGUGCAACAACACUGUACUUGUCAUCCAUUCCAGUGGUCCAAUCCUGGCUGGAGAGUGGCAUGAUAAUCCAAACAUCACUGCCAUUCUAUGGGCAGGUCUCCCGGGCCAGGAAAGUGGAAAUGCCUUGGUUGAUAUCCUAUACGGUAAAGAGAGUCCUGGCGGUAAAUCGCCAUUUACCUGGGCUAGGACUGCUGAAGACUAUGGCACCACAAUCUUGAGGGAACCAAAUAACGGAAAGGGUGCACCGCAACAAGUUUUCUCAGAGGGUAUCUUCUUCGAGUACAGGCAUUUUGACAAGGAGAAUAUCACUCCUGUCUAUGAGUUUGGAUAUGGCUUGAGUUAUACUACCUUCUCCUACUCGAACCUGAGAGUAAGACCGAUGCGUGCCAAUAAGUACGUGCCUGCUACCGGCAUGACAAAGCCAGCACCACGACUGGGCCAUUCUUCAACCAACUAUGCCGAUUACUUGUUCCCUGGUGGCUUCAAGGGGGUAACAAAAUACAUUUACCCCUGGCUCAUGUCGACUGAUCCCAAGGAGGCGUCCGGAGACAAGAAUUACGGACUGCCCAUCGAGGACUAUGUACCUCCAAAUGCAAACAACGGCAAUGCACAGCCCGUUCUCCCCGCCAGUGGUGUUCCUGGAGGAAACCCUGGCCUGUUUGAGGACUUGUAUGAGGUCUCAGCUAUCAUCACCAAUGAGGGAGACAGAGUAGGCGAGGAAGUCCCACAGCUGUAUGUCUCGCUUGGUGGCCAUCGAAAUGCAAAGAUCGUUCUUCGCGGAUUCGAUCGUAUCCGAUUAGCUCCAGGCCAGCGAUUCCGGUGGAGAACCACCCUUACACGACGUGAUGUUUCCAACUGGGACCCAGCAAGUCAAGACUGGGUCAUGACCGAGCACCCGAAAAUCGUUUACGUAGGAAGCUCUUCUCGAAAGCUACCGCUUCAAGCACCACUGCCAGCACCAAAUCUGGCGUGA